GGGGUUAGUUUUGCAAAUUUUGUUUUCUUGGAGAGAACGAUAAUGGAGCCUCUACUUCAGUCGAAUUAGACCUAAAACACUGGGUUUUCAUCUUCCAUUGAAGCAGUUACUUGGAGUCGCAAGGAAGUAGAUAAAGAGCGGAGUGUCGUGUUUCAGCUUAAUCGAUUUUAGGUGAUGGAUUCUUUAUUGAGCCCUGAAGGAGACUCUCAGAGGACUCAGUAUCCGUAUGUGACAGGUACUUCUGUAAUUGGGAUCAAAUACAAGGAUGGUAUUCUCAUGGCUGCUGACAUGGGAGGGUCAUAUGGAUCCACCAUUCGGUACAAGAGUGUGGAGCGAUUGAAGCAAGUGGGUAAACAUUCUCUUCUUGGUGCUAGCGGAGAAAUCAGUGAUUUCCAAGAAAUUCUUAAAUACCUGGAUGAACUCAUCUUGCAUGACAAUAUGUGGGAUGAUGGUAACUCACUUGGUCCUAAAGAGGUGCACAAUUAUCUAACUCGGGUGAUGUAUAAUCGCCGCAACAAGUUUGAUCCUUUGUGGAAUUCACUUGUAAUUGGUGGAGUGAAAAACGGGCAGAAGUAUCUAGGAUCGGUUAGCAUGAUCGGUGUACAUUUUGAGGACGAUCAUGUUGCCACUGGAUUUGGUAAUCACCUCGCCCGACCAAUUCUUCGUGAGGAAUGGAAGGAGGACUUGACCUUUGAGGAGGGUGUCAAAUUAUUGGAGAAAUGCAUGCGUAACCUUCUAUACCGUGAUAGGUCUGCUGUCAACAAGCUUCAGAUAGCAAAGAUUACAGAAGAAGGUUUGACCAUCUCUCAGCCUUACUCUUUGAAGACUUUCUGGAAUUUUGCUGCUUUCCAGAAUCCAACAGUUGGUGCUGAGGGAUCAUGGUAGGUAAUAUCUGAAUUCCAAGUACUCAAAAACAUGUUACCAUGAUGUUCUUUUUUUAAUGUUUUUACAGAUGUUAUGCCACACUAAAUUUCUGUAUUAGAAUUUGAAGUUGCAGUAAAUUGACUUGAUCUCUGUGUUUAUUGGGGAUUAUCUGUUUCUAUGC